AUGAAUAAAAAGCAGCGAAUAAAAACUGUUGUUAUGUUAACGAUGAAAUUAAUUUGUUUACUUGGUUCGUUAUAUUUAUUUGUGUGUUCGCUUGAUUUAAUGAGUUCAGGCUUUCGACUUCUCGGAGGUAAAAUAACUGGAAAAGUGUUUUCGGAAGGAGCGAUUCUUUCGAACCCUAUUGCCGGUUUAAUGAUUGGCCUAUUGACAACAGUCAUCGUUCAAAGCUCCUCAACAUCGACAUCAAUUGUUGUAUCAAUGGUUUCAUCAUCUAUUUUGCCUGUCAAACAAGCAAUACCAAUCAUCAUGGGAGCAAAUAUAGGUACAUCAGUAACCAACACGUUAGUUGCUUUAACACAAUCAGGGAAACGUGAAGAAUUUAGUCUUGCAUUUGCUGGCGCAACUGUUCAUGAUAUGUUCAAUUGGUUAACAGUACUUGUCUUACUACCAGUUGAAAUAGCAUCAAAUAUGUUAUAUCAUAUAACUGAAGCAAUAACCGAAUCAAUAAAUUUAAAAGAAGGCUCAAAUUCCAAUCCUGAAUUUCUCACUGUUAUAACAAAACCGCUGACAGAACGAAUUAUUCGACUUGAUAAGAAAGCUAUCGAAAGUAUAGCAUUGGGCACAGCUAGCCCAAAUAUAUCUUUAUUAAAGAGAUACUGUUCAUUUAAAAAUGAAAGUUACAAUGGAACAUUUGAUAUAGUUCCCGAUGAAUAUUGUUCAUUUUUAUUUGCUAAAGUCAACUGGGCCGAUUGGCUUAUUGGACUUGUUUUAUUGGUCGUGUCAAUUAUUUGUCUUUGUCUUUGCCUGUUUUUACUUGUUAAAAUUCUUCAAUCGUUACUCAAAGGAGCUGUGAGGACUAUUAUAUUUAAAAUGGUUAAUUCAGAUUUUCCGGGAGUAUUCAAACAUUUAACACCAUAUUUAGCUAUUCUGGUUGGCUGUGUUUUAACAAUAUUAGUUCAAAGUAGUUCAAUAUUUACGUCGACAUUAACACCAUUAGUUGGUCUCGGAAUAAUAACAAUCGAUCGAGUUUAUCCAUUUACAAUAGGUUCAAAUAUUGGUACAACAAUAACUGGCAUUAUGGCUGCAUUAACUGCAACAAGUGAGAAAGAUCUAAGAAACUCUUUACAAAUAGCAUUGUGUCACACGUUUUUUAAUAUUAUUGGUAUUCUCAUAUGGUUUCCAAUUCCGUUUAUGAGAUUUCCAGUUCCAAUGGCCACACAUCUAGGCAAAAUAACAGCGAAAUAUCGGUGGUUUGCUGUUCUCUACAUCGUAUUUUCAUUUUUUCUUAUGCCCUUAAUUGUUUUUGGUUUGUCAUUGGCUGGAUGGUACGUAUUUGCUGGUGUUCUCGGUCCGAUUGUGGUGGUUAUUAUCUUAGCUAUAAUAAUAAAUGUUCUUCAAAAGUACAAACCAAAUUUUCUACCACGUCUAUUACGAACAUGGUUGUGGCUACCAGCUCCACUUCGAUCACUUGAAUUCUAUGAUAAAAAUAUAUUUGGAAACAAUUGUUGUAUUUGCAAGAAAAAGGUUGAUGUGAAGACAACUGAUGUUGAAAGUACUUAUAAAAAUGAAGCUUUCAUUGAUGAUGUUGUAGAAUAUCUUUAG